AAAAAACGUAACAGUUGUUCUCCGCAGGAUGCAUGCAAUAAGAUCAAAGGAAGACUACGGCCAUACAAAGAGAAAAGUCCUACAGGAACAUGGACGGAAUGGGUUAAUGCUGCUUAUAUGGACAGAGUGAGUUUAUCCGCCACAGGGAUAGGAAGACCAGGCGACCAGGAGUGGGAUUUUGAGAAAGGCGUAGGCAAUCCUAUCCACUAUUACACGUAUGGAGCGGCAUGUACUGAGGUGGAAAUCGACUGCCUAACAGGAGAACAUCAGGUAUUGGACACUGAGAUCGUCAUGGACAUCGGGAACAGUUUAAACCCAAGUCUAGACGUUGGGCAGAUAGAGGGUGGUUUUGUUCAGGGAUAUGGAUGGGUCACCAUGGAAGAGUUGAAAUUUUCACCAGAGGGCCAUACCCUGGCUUGUGGACCGGUCGAUUACAAACUCCCGGGGGUAAGGAACAUACCUCGUCGGAUGAAGGUGUCUAUUCUCAAGGAUUGUCCCAACAAGGGUACUGUGUAUUCCUCAAAGGGUGUAGGUGAGCCUCCACUUCUACUGGCAAUAUCGGUUUAUUUGGCACUGAGGAAAGCAGUACAGGCCUGUCGGACGGAUGCCGGACUCUCUAGUACCUUUGACCUCGAUAUCCCAUUAACAGCUGAAAGAAUCAGAAUGGCUUGUCCGAUUGAAAUUCCUACUGGCAAAUCCGAUUUAUAAAUAAAACCAAAUGAGAGGACCAGGAUCUGGUUCCAACAAAAAUCAGUUGGACAUUUGUCUAAAUAGUUUGUGCCAGGGCAUUUAGAUCAAAAUUGAAGAAAGAAAAAACAAA